AUGGUCGUGUGGAUUGCGGCAGCCGCUUGGCUCGCCCUGGUCGCCUUUGCUGCUUCCGUAUUUUUCCGUGCCAUCGAGACAACACCAGCCGUCUCGUUGCUCGUCCCGCUCGCCACAAUUGCCCUCAUUUUUGAGAUCGCGACGACGGCCGGCAAGAAGGAGGUUUGGUGCAUCGGCUCAGAGCGUGUUCUGUUUCUCGUUCUCUUGUUUUCCGUCGACAUGUCGGUAAUUUUGUGUGCGGGAGCCGCCAUUUUUGAGGUGUUGCUGGCCAUCUUUGUCAUGACCAUGAAGGAGCGCUACCAGCUGCACUCAUCCGACCUUUUCUACGCCUGGGAAGACCCGAUGCGAUGUCUGGGGCUAUAUGGCCGUUCUCACUUCUUUCUGAUCCUUGUCACCUUAUUCCUCCAGAUCAACAGCUACCUUUCAUCAUCGGACUUCUUCCUCGACCAGCUCCAUCGCGUAGGUCCCCGACCUGCCACUUCACUAUCGGAAGAUUGCCGUACGUUUUGCUGCUUUUCGAUGCUCGGCAUGCCCGUACUUAUCGGAGGUCAGAUCCACGCCCUGAAGACGUUCGGCCAAUGGCUCUCCCAGCGAAAAGCUCGACGGGCCGCAAAACGAUUGGAAGAUGGGGGCGACGAUCUUCUCGCCAACGUUUCCGCA